AUGAGAAACUUAGCAACCUGCUACAGUGAACAUGCCAUUAAGGUAUCAGAUUCAUAUUGUUCAGGCCCUUCAAAUCAAUCCUAUCUCUCUCCAAAUUUGACCCCUUCAAUCCAAAAUGAAGUCACGUGUAUAUACAAGUCCAAAUUAUCCACCAAAAAGCAGCUGUUGAUCAAGCUCACAUGGUCCAAUCUCCUAGGCCUCGGCCUCACCAUAACUCUCUGCGAUGAUGAUCCCUCUUCACCUCUCAAAUUCACCCAAAAUCCUCGUGAAUUGCGUACGUCUAAUGGCUCCAAAACAUUCGAAUCCUCCGGUUCGAACGUUGUAGUUUUCUGGGAUCUCUCAAAUGCCAAGUAUGGUUCUGGGCCUGAACCGAUCAGCAUGUUUUAUGUCAUGGUUUUGGUCGACUCGGAACUGAGCCUACAACUCGGAGACAUGGAGGCCGAAUCGGAGUUGAAAAGGGUUGUUUCCGGUUACCCAGUUGGGAAAUCUUCAUUGGUUUCUCGGUCCGAGCAGUUCUCGGGGAAGGGGUUUUACACGACGAAGGCGAAGUUUUGCGAGAACGGAGUUUGUCAUGAGAUCAUGAUCAAGUGCAGGGGAGAGGAAAACGGAGUGACAGGGAAAGGGAAUUCUGUAUUGUCUGUUUGGAUUGACGACAGGAAUUUGAUCCAGGUGAAGAGGCUGCGGUGGAAUUUCCGGGGGAAUCAGAGCAUCUUCGUGGACGGGUUGGUGGUGGAUUUGAUGUGGGACGUUCAUGAUUGGUUGUUCAAUCAGAAAUCUGGAAUUGGGGUGUUCAUGUUCAGGACGAGGAGUGGAUUGGACAGCAGGUUAUGGUUGGAGGAGAGCAAUUUGGAGCAGAUUGAGAGCGAUAGAGUUGAGUUCUCUCUCUUGAUUUGUGCCUGUAAGACUCCUGAUUGA